AUAGAGCCAGAGCAGUGUUGUUUUCAUCGCUGAAAGUUGAUAGAGACGUGCCAACAUCAGUGAAUUUAGGCGAACGAGCUAAGCUUGCAAGAGACCGCUGAUUUAUUUAGAGUACUAUAAAGUGUAGGUCCGUUUGGCUGGGGUUGCCUUGCAGAGUUCGGACUUGCGGUCGGGCUUUCUGCAGUCGACGACGGCAGAAGCCAGUCGGUUGGCCUCCCGUAGUAAACAGCGAUGGAGAAGACUGAGUACAUCGAUGUCCCAGAAUGGGUGAUCAUCCACGAGCUCUAUGAAGGCGAGAACUCGCAUGAAGCAUUUGAAAUGGACUUUGACCGUGCCCUCGAAGCAGGACCAGCGUCCAUAAUUGUGGAGCCCCGGCGGCUAGGGGAGGAAACAGCCCGCUGGAUUGCACUCGGAAAUUGCCUUCAUCAGACGUCCCUCCUGUCCGGAAUUGGAUCACUAGCAACAACCCUUCUCCUGUGCCCACCGUCGCCUACGCCAUCUUCUGCUCAUACCCUGUUUGUGAUUGGCGCCCCAUUGGCCGGCGUCAGCGCCUUCUGUGCCGCCGUCUACUCGCUGUCGUGGGCAACCGACCCCUGCAUCCACUACCAGGUCGAGAAAGAUCAGGCUGUCCUCGAUCGGCUACCGCUGAGGGAACUGGCCAAUCCACAGCCACUAGUGCUGGUGCGCAGGGACGAGCGAAAGAAGCGAGCGGCACACCUUGUCACAACAGGCCUGGCUGUCGGUGUGGUGUUGUGGAGGCUAUACCAAGUGUGGCGCAAUGGAGAGACUGGAGCCCUCCCAGCAUACAGCUAGGGCUCGUCAUAUAUGCACAGGCAACACCGUUUAAAAACAAAGUAUCUAGAUAUCAACAAACAAGUAUGUGGAGGUGGCAAAGGUGAUAGUGGUGAACUCCAGCUGCUUUAGGCUGCUGCUGCUCACGGGGACAAACAAGCUUUGUCACUGCACAUAAUGAACAGGAAGCGGUGGCCUUGUUGACCUUUUUGUUUCAGUAGCUAACAUUUUAUUAUCUUUCUUGAUUGAUUUUUGUGUGUAUUAAGUGCGAAGGAACUUGUUAAGAUGCAGAGGAUCAUUUGAAAUCUAGCUUGCUUCACAUAUGUAAAAUAUUCUUGAAAAAUUGAUGCAAACAUAAAAGACGAGUGCCUUGUUUGAAAUGCUGUGUUAAAAUCUGUGCCUAAGCUGCAACUGCGAGUUUGGUUGUUUUGCUGUGCCGACAGUGACUGGGCACCCAAGGUGAUACACAAACUGCAGCAGCUUUUGCGCAAUGUCUUUGAGGGCUGCAUAAUAUGACGCUUAUAGAAAAGAGGAAAUGAUUGCCUUUUGAAGCGUGCUUAUAUAACGGAGAGAACGAAAUGAGUUUCAAUUGUUUCUUGGAGUUAAACUUUUUUUCCUCUUGUGCUUUAGUCUAAAGGCAGCUGUGAAAAAGAAAUAUAGUACUUAUUGUAUCUUGUUGGGGAAAUUAUGAAAAGCAGACAGCUUGCCCAUAUGCAUUAAACAGUGUUCUCAUUAAACAUUCACCAUGCUUCCAUGUAAA